AUGACUGAUGAGGUUGAUUUUAAUUUGCUUCUUCUUCCAGAGUCACUGUGGCCCAAGAUCGGAGUACCUCUCAAAGUUGUAAGAACCAAAGAAAACAAACUGAGUAAUAGGUUCUUUCCUUAUGAUGAGAUUGAAACUGAAGCUGUCCUGGCAAUUGAUGACGAUAUCAUCAUGUUGACUUCAGAUGAAUUGCAGUUUGGCUACGAGGUGUGGCGUGAGUUUCCUGACAGGCUGGUGGGAUACCCAGGACGACUUCAUUUGUGGGACCACGAUACUAAUAAAUGGAAAUAUGAAUCAGAAUGGACAAAUGAGGUCUCAAUGGUAUUAACUGGAGCUGCUUUCUAUCACAAGUAUUUUAAUUACUUAUAUACCUACAAGAUGCCAGGUGAUAUUAAAAAUUGGGUGGAUGCUCAUAUGAACUGUGAGGAUAUCGCUAUGAACUUCCUAGUAGCUAACAUGACCGGAAAAGCUCCUAUUAAGGUGACCCCACGUAAAAAGUUCAAGUGCCCGGAGUGCACAGCAAUUGAUGGACUGUCACUAGACCAGACCCAUAUGGUUGAACGGUCAGAAUGCAUCAAUAAAUUUGCAUCUGUAUUUGGGAUCAUGCCACUGAAGGUGGUGGAACAUCGAGCCGAUCCAGUCUUGUACAAGGAUGAUUUCCCGGAGAAGUUGAAGAGUUUUCCCAACAUUGGCAGUUUAUGAAAUGCUGGCAUUCAAAAUUGUGACCCUUUUGAGGACACGAUCCUUGUUCUGUAAGAUGUAGUUUCAGCAUGGACGAAUCACUGCGUGAUUUGAAACUAUUGUCAGUAAUUCACAGUUUUCUUCUGCCUCUUUAUUGAAGAUUAUAACUUUAAGAGAUGUAAUGCAGAGAACAAUGUGACUUUUUUUUAGUGUAAAUGUUACCAAAUUGUAAUAGUCCAUCAUGACAGAAAAUUAUUUUCUUUUUCAAACAAAAGUGUGUUGUGUGUUGCGAAAAUUAUUGAAGAUUAAAAACUCAAAUACAACUCUUCACAAUGACGAUAUAUGGAAAACCUCCUCUCUCAUUGGAUUCGACAUCAAAAGGAUUUGUGACAAUUAUGUUUCCAAACUUGCCAAAGUUGGACCAUGUACUGACUGCUCCAUUUGCAAUGUGCCUACCUAUAGUCAUAAUACUGCAUGUUUGUUGUCCUUUUGUUUGCCCUAAUUGGUUAUUCCCUGGUAUAGCAUACUUCAAGUGAACUUACCUGCAGAUGGAACACAAUGAAAUAUUUUCAAUCUAUACUGCGAAUAUUCAACAUUGUAAUUGCAACGUUCUGCUAAAAAUAAUCUCCUGCUCAUAUGUUCUCAUUAAUUGUUGCUGAUGAUAAUAAUCCCUUACCUUUGAUGCCUAUCUUUUAUUUCCUCAUGGUAGCAGUACGCACUAAUAGUUUUUGAGAGUAUUGUUUUAUUAGGGAUGCUGAGUUGAUAUAUUUUACAUAAUGUAUUUAACCUAUAUUAGGUAGGGAACUUAAUGAUUGCUGUCUUGUUAAAAAUAGUUUAAGCUCUCCAGUGGUUCAGUAAGUCACACACUAUACAAUGUGCUUGUGAACUGGACAAACUAUGUUGCUAUCAACAUGGAGGUUGAGGAUAUUGGUGGAUGGGGUCAACGAGUGGUGUGCAGAAAGAGUUCUUUAAAGUUCUUAAAUUAUGGGUAUGGGUUCAAAAAUUCAGGCAAAGCUGCUUCUCCCAGUCAGAGGUCCAAGUUGAAAUGUACAGCCAUUGAACAUUGAUUGAGUAGGGGCCAUGAUUAAUUGUUUUUUGUUUCUUCCCCACUUUCCACCUGCUAUUCCCUUUCCACCCCCUUCCAUAACCCAAAUCAAUUAAUGUACCAGUGUUUGAGAGUUGCUGGGAGACUGCUUUCAUCCAUGCAACCAUAGUUGGGGAUGAGAAGGGAGAAAAAAAAAUUAAAAACUAGUCAGCAGAACUUGAUUCUGACUUAGAUGCAGAAAAGGCAUUCCGAUAUUUUACAAGAUGAAAGUCCUGGGAUACUCAAAGCAUGGGCUUUGCACAGCUGGCUGCAAGUCAGAGAUAAAAAUGUUUGGGAUUCACUAGACUAGUUGCCUGGAAAAUGUGUCUUUAGUAUAUUUCCUAGGCUGCUGGGGUUAGAACAUAAACCAGUUUUGCAUUUGGGAUUUAGGAACCCUGUUCUAUAAGAAGCCCCUAUACGCAUUAAGAGCACCUUAACAAAAUUUAAGAUACUGACAAUACUGUGUUGUACCACACAGUCAAAUGAGGAAUUUUAUCAAAUUCAAAAGAUACAUUAGACAUCUGUUGUAAUCCAAUCUUCCUGAGAUAAUAUAGCAACUUUAGACUGGUGAAGGUUUUUGCACAUUUUUGAAAACUAAUACUUUCUUCCAAAGAGCUGCCUGUUGAACAGCACUGUGGUUAUAAUGUUUGUUUUUUUUUUAUUGAUGAUCAUGAUAGAUAUCAUUGUUAGAAACCAAGAAUGUUCAUGAUUUAUAGAGCCUUUUAUACUGUGUAAUAUUUUCCAGCAGCUGCUUUAUUCCAUUUUAACCCUGCAAAAUCCAACUGUUAAUUGGCUAAUCCCAGGAGUGUAUUCUGUGGUAGUUUCUGAGAUGAAGUCCAUCACAAGAAGCCAGAAAAGUUGUGAGUUUCAUUUGUUUUGCUUCAAAGUUGUCACAUAAUAUCAGGGUGCAUUGUGCUCCCUUCAUUGGACUGGUUGGCACAAAAUGUUUCUGAGACAAUUAAUGAAUAUAACUCAUUGAAAGAAAGAAAAACACUGGCAUCAGAAUCAUGCAUUACAGGGAUCGAAUUGUUGGAAUCAAACUGGUGCUCAACUUUUGAUGUUUUUAUAUCAGCUCUGUGAAUUGCUAUUCCUGCAUCAGACAACUAUUGUCAGUUGUUUGUGUUUUCAUAUUUUCCCACUGUUAGUGAUCAGUAAUACGAGUAAAUGCAUAACUAUGUAGUGAUGAUAUAUUGAAUGUUGGACAGCAACAAUGUAGAAGAAAAUGCUGGUCAAGUUUGAAGCAGCUAUGAUUUGCUAUCAUGAGUUGUGUACAUUUUUAGUAAACCUUGAGCAAUUCUUGAUUUUUUCUAACAUAAAAAGAACUUAGAUUUAUACAUCUCCCCUAUAUUGACACCAGAGUACUUUGAAAAGUAAUUCUUCUAAGUGUAGUUACUUAUGUUGGAAAAUACAACUGCUAUUCCACACAGGAAUGUUCCAUCUGUUUUUAGGUGGCAGCGGUUGAGAGAGAAAUGUUGGCUCAGAGACAUAAAUAUUUACAAAGUUGCUGACACUGUUUACAAGUUCUAUGAUUACAAAACUAAUUGCAUUUAUGGGAAUUUGAUCCAGAAUUGUAACAAAAAUGGACUCCGUGUCAAACGAAAUAUUAAGAAUCUGUUUUUAAUGCCCUUUUAUUCUGCUGCAACUCUUUGAAGUCAUAUUAUAUACUUAGUUGUUAGAACUCCUCUUCUCUAAAUUGAAGAACAGUGGUUAUUUGUCAAUUAACUUUUGAAAAACCUGGAUUUUAUGCUGUGAUUUAAGCACUUUAACUCCCUUAUUCAUCAGAGUGUACAUGAGGAGGUGGUUGAAUUGCCGUAAGAUUGAACUGCUUAGUGUAGAAAUUCACAACCCCUUAUGCAUACAUUCUAUACAGUGCAAUUGAUUGACCUAUAAAGCUUCCCUGAUGAGCCAGUGGACAAUGAACUGGUAAGGUACAAAGGCGCCUGAGUCAAGUGGUUUCAGUUUUGAUUUCUGUUGUGUACUAGACUACCCUAUAGCUGACUAAGCCAACUGAAUAACUUUGACAUUGUUGUUGUUUUGACUGGGGAAAGGAACAAUCAUCCAGAGUUCUUGUUUCUAUCAGUUGAUUCCUACUGAAAACUGAAUUAAUGGAUCUUCCCCCACCCAACUGAUAUGGUCUGCUGACCUUUGUUGUCCAUGUUCAGGAUUGUUAGCUGGCCAUUAUAACAAAAGGCUUUUUGCAUAACUGCAGCCAUCCCAUUGGGGUGGGGAUGGUACAGCUUUUGUUUUUAAAAGGUUGGUCCAAUGUUCUAAUCAAAAAUCUCAUAUUUUGGAUUUGUAUGGAAUCCAAGAAUCCUACAAAAAAAAGGUGAUGAAAGCAUUUUGCAGCAGAAUGCAUUGAGCGCACUGUACGAAUAUGGCUAUAAAAUCUUUUUAAACAUCACAACUGUUAAAUGAAGAAAUGUUUUUCAUAGUUUGUUUAAUUCAAAAUUUGCAGUUUUCUCUCAAGUGCUGGCUCACAACUUGGAGCAAAUUACUUCUGCCUUCCAACUUCAUCAGACAUUCCCUUUAGUUCUCUCAUUCCACUACCCCUUUUCUCCAAAACUUUCCAGUCCUGGGGAUCCAAAUUGAGGCCAUUAACUUGAAAUGUUAAUUCCGUUUCACGCUCCAUAGAUGCUGCCUACCUUUCUGAGGAUUUCAGUCAUAUUCUGUUUUUAUUUUGGGACAAAAAGGCAAUGGGUUACGUUAUUAAAGGAUAAAGAUAGCAUUGAAAUUAGAAUUCUCUCCACGCAAAAUGAUUAAUAAGUGGAAUGACUUCUGAAUAAGGUAAUUUUGAUAGGGAAUAAAGUAAGCUUUUUGCUGGGUGGCUGGGUGAGAUGAAAUUGGUCAAAUGGUUGUAACUGAGCUGUUCUGAAGAAAUCAUAUCGGACUUGAAUCAUUAACUCUGUAUUGUUCUCUGCACAGAUGCUGCCAGACCUGCGGAGUUUCUCCAGUGCCUUCUGUUUUCAGUUCAGAUUUCUAACAUCGGCAGUAUUUUGCUCUUAUUGGAUUUAGUCAUUUCAAUUAUUUUAAGUGGAAAUUGCAUGGAUAUAUGAAACAAGUGAACCACAUUGAGUCUUAAAAUUGUAUUUCAGGUUUUGCAAAGCAUGUGGCUCAUCCAUUGCCGUUGAUAUUUUCCUGCAAUCCUUGCACCAAAAUGGCAAAAUCCAUCACCUAUAUAUGAUCUCUUAUCAACUUCUAAUUGUAUUGUUUGAUUUAAUGUCAUUGUACUUUAUUUGCAAAUGUUAUCUGUCAGUUAAUUAUCACAUACUGCUGUGUAUUUCAUAACUGAACAGUACUGUUAAAUGGAACUCAUUAGGUGGCCACCUGCAAGUCAUUUAUUAAAUAAAUUCACUUUAUAUCACACCCAAUAUGUCCUGUGAUAAUUGGACCAACUCAUGAGUGUACUUACUAUGUGAUUACAAAUCUGUAAAUAUUUUUCAGUGUAAUCCAACUAAGAUGUUACUUUACAUUAAUGUCACAGCGGGCAGUUUGCAGCUCAACCCCAGAUGUGUUGACAGGAUAUUGUCUUCCCUUAAUUUGUGAACCGGGGAAUAAUACAAAACUAUUUUGUUUUCACUCUUGUGCACAAUGCUGUUAGCAGCAUUUUUGACAAAUUUGAACAAUAUCUUAAUUAUAAAAUCGAUAAUGCUUGAAUUAUUAAGAUGUACACUUGUUGAAAUUUUUAUUAAAAUGUGAAGAAUAUGGAAGGAAUAUUAA